AUGGUGGGCAGCUGUGUUACCACUGCCCUCUUCCAUGUGCAGGCUCUUCAUCCCUUGACAGGGAAGUCCAACGAAUGCUUCAUUACCCCAUCCUGUCAUCCAAUUAGGAGCCAGAUGGCGCUUCUGGCCAAUCAAAUCAUGGACGCAAGAAUUCUCAGCAGUAUGAAUGGAAGAGUAGAGCUUUCCCAGUUCCUGAGAGUCACAAAUCAAAGCAUCGUCUCCCAGAUAAAUUCUGCCCAGGAUGACAACCGCAAGAACCGGAAGUAUCCCUGCCCACUGUGUGGAAAGCGUUUUCGCUUUAACAGCAUCCUUUCCCUUCAUAUGCGCACACACACAGGUGAGAAGCCCUUCAAGUGCCCAUAUUGUGACCACAGGGCUGCACAGAAGGGCAACCUUAAGAUACACCUCCGUACUCACAAGCAAGGCCUUUUGGGCAAAGGCCGAGGAAGGAUUAGAGAGGAAAACAGGUUGCUCCACGAACUGGAAGAAAGGGCCAUACUGAGAGAUAGACAGAUGAGAGCAAGUCAUGUUAGUCAGCAGCAAACGUCUAAUUUACCCCAACUUAAAAAUCCCCAGCUGUCUCCACCUGUCUCAAUGCAUAACCAGCUUUUAGCCAACUCUGGUGUGGCAGAGAACCAGCCACAUACAUCCACAUCUCCUAAGGUGACUGCAGUCCAUGACGAGCCAAACCAGCCCCAACCCACUGGCUUCCGCUGCUCAUUCUGCAAAGGAAAGUUUAGGAAGCAGCAGGAGCUUGAGCGGCAUAUCAGGAUCUUACACAAACCCUACAAAUGCACCUUGUGUGAAUUUGCUGCGGCACAUGAGGAGGAGCUCAUUGGCCAUGUUGAGAUGGCCCAUAUAACUGCAGAUAAUGGCUCAGGUCAAAAGCCUGCCGUUGGGCUUGGUGACAAGGGAAAACCUGUUGGUGAAUUCCCCUGCGAGGUGUGUGGCCAGACCUUCAGCCAGGCCUGGUUCCUGAAGGGUCACAUGAGGAAACACAAGGACUCCUUUGAGCACUGCUGUCAAAUCUGUGGUCGUCGCUUCAAAGAACCCUGGUUUCUGAAGAACCACAUGAAGGUCCAUCUCAAUAAGCUGGCUGCUAAGAGUAAUCUCCCUGCUGAGCAUGACUCUUUCAAGAUGAGUAACCUAACGCAGAACCACCAGAGCAACCUCUACUCCCAGUACAUCUCCCGCAUUCACAACCGAUUCCUCACAGCUGAGAGAGCUGACCAUCCAGAUUAUAACCAGACACUUGCCCCAGCAGGCAUUGACAUGAAGGUUAGGGAGAUGUUAGGGAGGAUGAUCUCCUCAGGUCCAGGCCCUCUGACAGAUGCAGAGAGCUCCGCAAUGUUGGGUUUGAAUCAUCUCCCUCCUCCCUUGAGUUCCUCCAGCAUGGAAUAUCUGCAGAAAGUCAUUUCUAAUAGAGAUACACUCAACAGCAGCAGCAGCAGCAGCAGCAGCAGCAUUUACCCAGGCUGGCAGAUCAUGACACCAGGGCUAUCUGUUGAACAUCAAAUGUUCACUCCUAAAGACCAGCAGCAGCAGCAGCAGCAGCAGCAGCAGCAGCAGCGCACCUCCUACUUGGUUGAAAGAUGUCAUCCUGCUGAUGACGCCAAGGUGUGUCUCAGUGACCCAGACACCAGGGUCAUCAGCAGACCCGGUAGCACCGACAGCAUGAGUCACCACGGGCCGACGGAGAUCACCACAGAGACAGGGAACUCCCACCCCAGCGGUUCCCUGGACCAUCGGCCACAAUCUUCUUCUCCAGCUACAGGUGAGAAAGUCUACAGGUGUCCACUCUCCAGUGACUACACCACUGCACAGACAGCCUCCCUCAGCUUCCAUCUGGAACGCUACCACUUCCCCCACUGGCAGAACAGCAGGGAUCUUUCUUCGCCGCUACAGCCCAGCAGCAGCAACAGCAACAGCAGCAGCAACAGCAGCAGCAGCAGCAGCAGCAGCAACUCCAGCCCCGAUGCCAAGCUCAGACCCAGAUCCAGGGAGGAAUGGAGCCCGGCUGCAGGUCACUACCUUGGUCUGGAAAAGCACAGUGACAACCCUCUGCUCACCAACAAGCAGUCGAACAUGACUGACAAAGACGAAGGUGUGGACGCUUCUUUAUCAGCUCAAACCAGGAAGUCCCAGUAUGAACCUUUAGAUUUGUCCGUCAGGCCUGAGUCUGCCACGUCUCAUUCAGCCAUGUCUCCUGCUGCAGUGCUACAGAUGUCUGGCAUUUUUAGCAAUGGACUGUCCUCCUCCAUUACCCGCCAGUUACAAAGUUACUCAAACGCUGCAGCUGAACUGAGUGUAACACCUGCGUAUCAGUGUGACCUUUUGGUGCAGGGACCAAAAGAAGAAGGAGGCUCCAGUUGUCACAAUGGUGAGGAAGAUUCUGAGAAUUCUGAGCAAGGGAGGGAGGACGAGAACGAUGACGCUGCCAAGUGGCCGAUGCUGAAAAAUAAUGUCCUGAUGCCAGAGGAGCUGGAACAUGCCAACACUGACUUCCAGGGUCUUGGUGAGAAGCAAGAGAAGCCAGGGCAGUGGAGCAGAGGUGUGGCUGAAUCUCCCAUCUCCUCUCUUGAGAGCCUGACUCCAGCACAGGCUGAUCCUCUCCAGUACCAGGGCGGCCUGCUCUCCUUCCUUAGAUCCCAAGGGAGUCUGGGCAGUGCACCUGCCGGCACCCACAAAACCAGUCUGAACGGUGGGGGGAAUAUGGAGAAAGAUGUUACAUCAGCUCGAAAGCCAUUCCAGUGCAGAUACUGCCCGUACAGCGCUUCCCAGAAGGGCAACCUGAAGACCCACGUCCUCUGUGUCCACCGCAAGCCCUUUGACAACAGCCUCUACCCUGACCGUCGCCUGCGACGCUCACACGCGCCCUCCAGAUUGCCCCUGAGCAUCACAGGAGACAAACACGCGUCAGGGAGGGACCAGAUUGGCAUGACAUCACUCUGUGGAACUUGACGUUGUUGUCAUGGCAACUGCAGAUACAGACAGUUAAGGUUACUGUUAGCUUCACCUCAGAAGGGUUAGGAUGAUUGAGAUUGUUUAAAAAAGGAAAAAAAAAAAAUGUUAACCAUUCUUGAUGUACAUUCCAGUGUUUACUUGAAGAGCCACAGUACGUAUUUAUCUGUAGCAAAAGAAGCUGCCUAUAAUAAUAAAGUCCAUUGUGAUGUGAAAGUG